UGUCCCCCACCCCAGUGCCCAGGGUUCCCCGUGCUCAACCCCGCUCCUCUCGGCUCCUCCUUCAGGUCUUGCCACCCCCCCAAGCCCAGAUGGAAACUGUGCAGGAGCUGAUCCCUCUGGUCAAAGAACUGGUGGCACAGAAGUCCCGCGGGAAGCUGGUGAAGCUGUACGUCCUGGGCAGCGUGCUGGCGCUCUUUGGCGUGGUGCUCGGCCUGGUGGAGACCGUGUGCAGUCCCUUCACCGCCGCCGGCCGUCUGCGCGAGGAGCGGGCCGCGGUGGCCGAGCUGCGGGAAGCUCGCCAGCGCCAGGCUCUGCUGGACAAAGGCAAGACCCCGGAGGCCGCCCUCCGCAGCAGGACCCUGUCCCUCCGGCAGCACGCCUCCUAGGACCUGCCUCCCAGGACCUGCUUCCUAGGACCCGCAGAGGGAUGGGGAGAGACCCAGAGACGCCAGACAACAGGCACUUCUGUUCCGAGAAGCUGACCCCGCACGGAUUCACCAGGGGGUUGGGGACUGACUUUUGCUGCUGUGCAGCAAGCAUUGUGAUUUGAGGACAUAUCACCUUGCAUUAGAGGAGG